AUGUCUUCUUCCAACGCCAGCCAGCAGAGAGAUAGAAUAUCUACACAGCAAUACCAAUGUGAUCAAUGUGUCUUGUUUUUUGAUAACUACCAGAAGCUGCAAAACCACAAGAGAAUUCACAGAGGAGAUUCAGCAACAAUGACUGAAAUUGACCAGUCUAUUCUGGAUGAUGUUGACAUGUACCAUGACGAAAAUGAUACUAGUAAUGAAGAUGAAUCUGUUAGCAAUUCAGGUAAUGAAAAGAGCUGUAAUUGUAUUACAGAAUAUACUAUGGAGUCUAUGGAGCUUGAUAAUACUAUUUCAUAUAAGUGCGCAUGUAAUUUUGAGGACAGUGAGGGUGAAGCUCACAUUUACGACAGCAGCCGAAUCAGUACAAAUACUUUUACCAAGGCCGAGUUGAUGAGUAUUCAUCUGUCUCAAUUGAUGCUACAGCAUAGAAUUGCUAGAGCAGCAUAUAGAGACAUUGUUCAAUUUAUAAACACUGUCAUCCGAGACCAUGACGAUAUAAUGAUGGAACCUGGGGCUAAGAUCAGUCAUGGCAAAACUGUUGAUGCUUUGCUCAAGUCAAAGUCAAGUGUCAAGGGCCAUGAGUAUGAUGUCUGCUCUAGUGGUUGUCGAUUGUAUGACAUUAAUGACGACCAGGAAUCUUGUGUUGACUGCGGCAAACCGCGAUACAAGACUGAUCCCGAUCAAAGUCAGACACUAGCCGCCAGUAUGAAACUUAUGUCAGUUGGGGAUAUGCUUUCUCAAAUGUUGGCAGAUCCAGCCACAAGAGAACUCCUCUGUUACAGAGCAAACCGGGAAUCUGUAGCUGGUCAGCUAACCAACAUUUUUGAUGGUGACAAUUACAAGCAGUUGGUGCAGCAGGGCCUGUUCUCCAAUCCUGAUGAUAUUGCCAUUGGGCUUUAUACCGAUGGGUUUGUCAAUCAAAAGAAAGGCAAAAACUCAUAUACCAUCAUCCAUUGCAUAAUAUUCAACCUAGACCCAUCCAUCAGGUAA